GAACACAACAAAGCCCCAGAAACCUCUCAUCAGACACUUCACCGGAGAAAAAUCACCUCUCGGGACACGUACAGAGAUGUAGGAUAAUUUAUUAUCUUAUUUUUCUGCCAGUUUAAAAAAAGAGGGGGGCUGCGGAGAAAGGGGGUGGUGCAUCUGAGCUGGAGAUCUUGUUACAGAGAUCCAGACUUUUUCAUGGCAAGUUUUUUGGAAGUGGGGGGAGGGCGAAUCUGCAACUUUCUCGGCCUGGUGUCUUUUUCAUACCCAGCCUAAACGCUUCAAAUGAAUACUUUAUAUGGUUCUAAGCUGAUCACCCCUUCUUUCCAUACUUGAGGGCAGUUUUUGGAGCUGUUUGCGUUUGGAUAAUGAAGGAAUUCAGGAGGAUCCAGCAAGGAUCGGACGAGAAGUGCAGAUUAAAAAAAGUUUGGGAGGACUGCGAGAAAACUUUGAAGCGCCCCGCAGCUUUUCUUCACCAUGCCGCGUUUGGAAACUUAUUCGAAAUCUGAUGAAGAAAACGCCCUAUGUGGAUAUAUCGGGGAAAAGGACCAUUGAAGCAGUAGAAUACAAAAUAAUCGGAUUGGGUUUGUUGUUUUUUUUGCACAGUUGAUUCUCUCUCCCAAGAUGUCUUCCCACGGCAGGAGCCCCAUUGUUGGAUUUUACGGGAUGCUUUGCGUCUGGGCUGCCUGGCUUUCAGGCUGCGGGGCAGUGUUGUCCCCAAACGGGACGAUAUUUGAGGACCACUGCAAGAAAACGGCAACUUGCGAGGCACUUAAAUACAACACAUGUCUGGGAUCGCCUUUACCGUAUACACAUACUUCUUUGAUCCUGGCGGAGGACUCCAGCACCCAGGAAGAGGCUUUUGAGAAGUUGACCAUGUGGUCUGGUUUGCGGAACGCUCCUCGCUGCUGGUCGGUCAUCCAGCCGUUGCUCUGUGCUGUCUACAUGCCCAAAUGUGAGAAUGGUCGGGUUGAGCUGCCCAGCCAGACCCUGUGUCUGUCUACACGUCGGCCGUGCAGCAUCGUGGACCAGGAGAGAGGCUGGCCCAGCUUCCUUAAAUGUGACAAAUUCCCUGUUGAUUGUUCGAAUGAGGUGCAGAAGCUGAAGUUUAACACAUCGGGCCAGUGUGAAGCUCCCCUGGUGAAGACAGACAUUCAGUCGAGUUGGUACAAGGACGUGGAGGGCUGUGGCAUCCAGUGUGACAACCCUCUGUUCACUGAGGGGGAGCACAAUGACAUGCAUGUCUACAUCGCUUACUUCGGCACCAUCACCCUCCUCUGCACCUUCUUCACCCUGGCCACAUUUCUCGCUGACUGGAAAAACUCCAACCGGUACCCAGCUGUCAUUCUCUUCUACAUCAAUGCCUGCUUCUUCGUGGGCAGUAUCGGUUGGCUGGCCCAGUUCCUGGAUGGAGCGCGCAAGGAGAUUGUCUGCAAGAGCGACAACACCAUGCGCCUUGGGGAGCCCUCGUCUUCAGAGACACUGUCAUGUGUCACCAUCUUCAUCAUUGUCUACUACUCCCUGAUGUCAGGUGUGAUUUGGUUUGUCAUGCUGACCUAUGCCUGGCACACAUCCUUCAAAGCCCUGGGCACCACCCACCAGCCACUGUCUGGCAGAACUUCCUACUUCCACAUGGUCACCUGGUCCAUCCCCUUCGUCCUGACUGUGGCCAUCCUGGCAAUUGCUGAGGUGGAUGGAGACUCUGUGAGCGGCAUCUGUUUCGUGGGCUACAAAAACUACAGAUACCGUGCUGGGUUUGUGCUGGCACCCAUUGGUGUUGUGCUUGUUGUUGGCGGCUACUUCCUCAUUAGGGGUGUCAUGACCUUGUUUUCCAUCAAGAGUAACCACCCAGGACUACUGAGUGAGAAAGCAGCGAGCAAAAUCAACGAGACGAUGCUGAGACUUGGCAUAUUUGGGUUCCUCGCUUUUGGCUUUGUUUUGAUCACUUUCGGGUGCCACUUUUACGACUUCUUCAACCAGGCUGAGUGGGAGAGGAGCUUCAGAGAAUAUGUGCUGUGUGAAGCCAACGUGACGAUCGCCUCUCAGACCAACAAACCAAUCCCAGAAUGCACCAUUAAGAACCGGCCAAGCCUCAUGGUGGAGAAAAUCAACCUGUUCUCCAUGUUUGGGACGGGAAUCGCUAUGAGCACCUGGGUCUGGACUAAAGCUACCAUCCUCAUCUGGAAACGCACCUGGUGCAAGAUUAUUGGUCGUAGUGACAAUGAACCCAAGAGGAUCAAGAAGAGCAAGAUGAUUGCCAAGGCAUUUGCAAUGAGGAAAGAGCUCCACAAGGACCCAGAGAAGGAACUGUCAUUCAGCAUGCACACUGUAUCCCAUGACGGGCCUGUGGCUGGAAUCAAUUUUGACCUAAAUGAGCCAUCCAAUGACAUGUCAUCAGCCUGGGCGCAGCAUGUGACCAAGAUGGUGGCCAGGCGAGGUGCCAUCCUGCCUCAGGACAUUUCUGUUACGCCUACUGGUACACCAGUGCCACCUCCAGAGGAGAGGAACAGGCUGUGGAUGGUGGAGGCUGAGAUUUCACCAGAGAUGAUAAAGAGGAAAAAGAAGAAAAAGAAGAGGAAGAAGGAGGUGCGUCCAGUGAAGGAGGUGGUGGACCACCAGGUUUAUCAUCAGCGAGAGUUUGGCCGCAGCUCAGUGCCUCGCCUGCCCAAACUGCCCUGCCACCCGAGCCUGGUCGCCAAUCUGAGAGAACAGCAGAGGCAACAGCAGAAGCUGGAGGAGGAGGUCCUGCCAGGAUCCUACCCAGACUUCCAAACCUCACACCCUCUGUCCUGUGAGGAGAGAUGUCCCUACCCGCUCUACCAGAGCAGUCAGAACAGCUAUGGCCGCAGCCUGCUCGCCAAUCCCCUGACCCUCAGCGAUCGUCCAGAGGAUCUGGGUCUUGGCCCACGCUGCCCCCUUUCAACUUCCACCUGGCAGCCUAGCGGAUCCACGUACUACCCCGGGGAGGUGAAUCCCGCUGACGGGCUGUCAGAGAGGUUGGCCCACGUGGCUCGUGUACCGGCAGGCCGGAGGGCCGGCUAUGGGCCUAUCCACUCCCGGACCAAUUUAAUGGAGGCAGAGCUUAUGGAUGCGGAUUCUGACUUCUAAGAUCAAAGCACCAGUAUAUUCUGGCUGUUUCUUUGUGGUACACAGACAGUAAGCUAUAUAAAGUGCUGGAUACUUUCAAAAUCCUUACUAAAGUGCACCUAAAUUCCAGUGCCCUUGGGUCAAGACGGAACUAAGCUGGUCAUUUUUAUUUUUAUUUUAUUUUAUUUUAUUUUAUUUUAUU